CUAUCCAACAUGGAGUAGUGAGAGAGAUGGGGCUCUAGCGGGGCCACCCCUCGGCAACAGCGGCGAAGACGCGCUUUUUUCUUACGCACAACUGGAAGCGGGGUCGUCGGUGAAAACAUGCGCCUUAGGACUUAAAAAAAAAACAAAAAAACCGGAGCGUGUGUGAGGGAGGGAGAGUGUGAGUGCUUGUGUGUGUUUGGUGGUGGGGGGGUAGAGAGAAUCAAGAGCUGGAUUCGGAAACCAACAUUUAGCAGUGCAGCCUGCGUUUCUCCACUGAUUGGGUAUUAAAGUUCCACACGGAGGAGAGGAGGUUCAUUUCUUUUUUCCUCCAAAAGAAAAACAGCGUGGCUCCAGGGGAGGAAAGAAGGAGAAGAAGAGGGAGAAUUUCAGGGAGAGAGAGGAAAAAAAAAAAGGGCUGUCGAGGGCAAAGCCUGAGAGCCGACACUCGCACAAAGGCGCAGGGGGGAUUUAUGCGCAAUCGGACACAGGAUCGGAGGUGGAAGAAUGACGAGUGAAAAGUAUGCAACCGCCGUGGUACAUUACCUGAGGUGAAACGAAAAAAUGAUAGAGGAAACACACCCAAACGAUGACAGCUACAUCGUGCGUGUGAAAGCGGUGGUGAUGACGCGGGACGAUUCAAGCGGCGGCUGGCUGGCUCAAGAUGGAGGGGCCCUCAGCCGGGUGGGCGUUUGUCGCCUCCUUCCCUCAGAGGUGACGUAUCUUUCUGGCUCCAGCACUUCCCAGUUCGUCAUCCGGGGAGAGCGGCUGCGUGACAAACAGGUGAUCCUGGACUGUCCGCUGAGGAAGGAUAUAGUGUACACCAUUGCAAUGCCCACAUUUCACCACUGGAAGGUGGAGGACCGGAGGUGUGGCUUGUCCUUCCAGUGUCCAGCUGAUGGCAGAGCUUUCGACCGGGGGGUGCGGAAGGCCAUAGAGGACUUGGCUGAAGGCUCCACGACCUCCUCUACAGCGCUCCAGAAUGAGGGAGAACUGGGAGACGAUGACGUUUUCACUAACGCCACGGACAGCUCGUCCAACUCCUCUCAAAAGUUGGACGGCUCCCUGCCACCGCCUCUCGAGUCCUCACCCCUUCCUCAGAGACACAAGUGCCCAUCAGGACAUCGACAUGACCUGCAUGACUCCUACCGCCUCACAGACCACUACUACUUGGACCAGCCAUCGUCUCGGAUUCACCGACAUGUCACCUUCGAUGAGGAGAUUGUCCGAAUAAACCCGAGAGAGCGGAGCUGGGAGCGAAGCACGGAUCGCUUCCUUGGACGGCAAGCGGAGCGCUCCUGGAUCACGGGCUACGAGGACUACAGACACGCAAUAGUGCGUGACAGAUUCAUCCACUCGGAUGACUCUGAAUCCUAUGUACACUUUGACAAGACAGAGGCGCAUAAACACGACUAUACUUACCCCCUGGCUCCGGCCCUGUCGCCUUCAGACUCUGAUCCCGCCCUAGGAUCCUUGAACUCGAAGGGUCACGGCGGCUCCUACCACCAACCCUUCUCCUCUGUCGUCUCUAACCAGCCCCGCUCAUUUUUCGCGAGCUCCUCCCCAUCCUCCAAUGGAAGGAAGGGGCGGAAGGACAAUGGGUUGGAACGUGCUCAGUGUGAGCACUGUGGCGAGACCUUUUACCUCUCUGAAAAUCGGAGAGGACGCUGCCAAGAUGCUCCAGACCCCUUGCGCGUGUGUAUCCGACGGGUCAGUUGCAUGUGGCUGGCAGACACCAUGCUCUAUCACUGCAUGUCUGACCCCGAAGGGGAGUACUCGGACCCUUGCUCCUGCGACGGGGGCGAGGGCAGCGGCGGCGGCCGUCUAGGCACUCGCUGGUUGGCUCUUCUCGGUCUGUCCGUGGUGGCGCCCUGCCUUUGCCUUUACCCACCCCUCCACGCUUGCCACCGGGCGGGGCUGGCAUGCGGCUGCUGCGGAGGCCGACACAAGGCCCAGAGCUGAGACGCCCUGCUUGGAAUCUUCUGAGGAAAAUCCAAAAAAACUUAAGCCAACGCAAGCACAGGGAAAAGGAGGGAUGGGGAAAACGCUCACAGAGGAGGGACAAGUGGCCACAGCUGCUCGCUCUCUUGCCUUGGUUUUUCUGGGUUUCUCUACAAAUUCCAGAAUCUGAAAUAAGCCAAAUAAGAAAAAAAAAACAGUUGUUGCAUUUUGUGAACAGCCUGGGAAGAUAAGCUCCCCCUUAUGGCAGACAGUUCUCUCAGCUCUCCAUGUGGCCAUUUCAUGCUCUGUUUCAAAAGAGAGAGCAGUCUUUUUCAGGGGGCCUUUUUUAUAGCCAACCUAUACGUCAUGUAUCACAUAUGCAGGUACUUUAUAUUGUUAUAUUUGUACUUUGACUCGGCCUCAAAGAACUUAAAUUCUUUGUUGUAAUUUUUUUUUUCUUUCCUUUAAAGUCUCUGUGGCCAUAUUGUUUAUUUUCUAUUCAAACAUUAGGCCCGCUCAGUUCAAAACAGAAAUCAGACACUACACCUCUUUGGGAACGUACGUGUGUGCGUGCGUGUGCUUGCUUUGUGCGUAUGCGUGUUUGUAUGUGUGUGUGUUGAGGCCUUUGGUUGUCUCUCCUGCAGCUUGUAGUAAAGCUAAUGUAUAUAGUUUUUAUAGUUCUCAGAACACAUCCUUGCUCAUACAAACAAAUGUGGUACUCCUCUUAAAAGAGCAGUUUGGAGUUUUGAAGUGGGAUUGGUGAAGUUGUUAUCAAUAACAGGUCAGCAGACUGAUGUCACAUAGCAGUAAGUCUGUAGAAACGUUGGUGAAUCCUCAGACGGACUUCCCUUUUUAGCUGAUUUUGGCAAUACAAAAAAAUGUCAUGUGGGAAUACCACAAUACAGCAGAAGAAGUUGAUUGACUUUACUUCUCCAACUGGUUUUAUUAACUAAACAGUUUCACCUUUGGACAAGGUUUAAGUCGCUACCUGAUUGUCUGGAAAAACUCAGGUAUACACCAUCCUCAAUGGUGUUACACAACAUCCAGAAGUUUUGCGCUCUCUUUCAGAGUAGUGCGGACUCAAGUAAUUUAGUUACAGUAUGUGACAUACAUAUGUAUACAAGGAUGUACACAAAUUCAUGUCCAUUCACUCUUUCCAAGAAGGCCUUUGUAUUGGAAGUAGGCUAUGCCCAAGUAACCUUUCAUCCUGCAGAUGAGUAUAUGCAAUGUUUAAGGCCCUGAAACUGUCAUACGAAUAUUUGAAUGCACUUCAAUACACGGUAAAUGAGGGUAGGGUUAGAUUAAUGUAAUCUUUUUAGGUUUUUUUUUUAGAUAAGCUUUCUAUAUGAAUGCCUUUGAAUGUAACCGUACACUCUUGAGGCCUUAGACUCGACUUCAGCUCCCAACCAGUAAUUGUUUUUAUAAUAGAUCUUUUUCCCUGAUAACAAAAUCAUAAAGGUUUGACGUGAUGUUAGAGUUAAGCUUGUUCUUUAACAGCUAUUUAGUAAAAAUAGGCCCAAUUUUCAGGAUUAACCGGGGCGGAUAAUCUGCUCUCUAUGCUGAUCCGAAGAAAGAAAUACAGAACCAAGAAAAGAGCCUAAUGUGAAUCAGAGUCAAGCCUAAUCCCUUUCUUUUAGAUUUAGCUUAAUUUGUUGUUUAUAGGCAGCAGUUUUAAUCCACUUAGCUUCUUGUAGUAACACAAAAGGCAACAUUGUCUUGUAUGGCUGUUGGAUAACUGCAAAUAUAGCCUCGUUUCCAAUGAAAUGUAAAUUUUCAAAAUCAAGUUAAGGUCAGCUAAAGCUAAAUGACCUGUACUUGUAGCGCCUUUUCAAGUCAGGAGACUUGUCCAAAGUCAGUCAUUCACACAUUCAGACACACACUGAUGGUGGUGAGCUACAUUGUAGCCACAGCUGCCCUGGGGCCACCAGGCCCUCUGACCACCGUCGGUAGGCAAUGCGGGUAAAGAUGUUUAGCCCAGGGAUACAACAACAUCGAAAGUCAUUUUACCUUUGGUUGCAGGGAAAAUCCUGCAUCUGACCCCACUGUUUAGUUUGGCUAAAGCUAAGGUCAGCUAAAGCUAAGGGCAGCUAA